CAUAACGUGGAGUCGGUGGGGCGUCGCGUGUCUACCACGACCCACAACACGACAAACAAACCAGUUGCAUUCGUCCCACCGACUACAACACACCUGUCGUGUUCACCGAUCGAGUAAAUAAACAAUAGUGAAUGAACCACGCACGUUCGCUGUAGUAAAUUGUGUAGUGACGUGAAAGUAAAAGUUAUGGUAAAGUGAAACCGUAUUGUAUCGGCCCUAAGGAAGAUAAUACUGGAUUUCGCUCGGCACUAGCGACCGCUACAAAUUGUAAGAGUAGCAAUGGGAAUGGGAGGAGCAAUGGAUAGCUGUGGCCGUUGUAUGAAGUUCUCUCUAAUAUGCAUCAACGUCAUCACUCUAGUCGGUGGCGCCCUAGCCCUAGGUAUAGGACUAUGGGUGUGGACGUCUCGCUCAUUCUCUAGCACGUUGCUGAGCAACAACAUGUUCAUAGCGUCUGUGGCGGUCGUAGUGGCCAUGGGCGCCGCCAUGAUGCUGCUCUCGCUGCUGGGCUGCUGCGGCGCUGCCAAGGAGGUCAAGUGUAUGCUGCUUACGUACUAUAUAUUGGUGUUCAUCAUAUUCGUGGUGAUGUUGGUGGGCGGGAUCCUGCAGUUUGUGUUCCGCGAGAAGGUGCUUACGACUAUCGACCGUGAGAUGUACGCCGCCAUACCGUACUACGGGGUGAAGCAUGAGUACACUGUGGCAUGGGACGACACGCAAAUGUACCUACAGUGUUGCGGGGUUAAGAGCUACAAGGAUUGGAAUGACAAUUUUCCGGAAAGUUGCUGUCGGGAGGUGUAUCCUGGAAAGCGACUGGAUUGCAAGGCUUCUCAGAAUCCAACCACUAUGUACGUGGACGGUUGCCUAAAUAAAGUGGUGGAUUUUCUCCGUGAAGAUGCAGUGUAUGUUGGGGCCGCCGCCAUCGUAGUGGCGUUGAUAAUGCUAUUGGCGUUAAUAUUAUCAUGUGGUUUGUUCGUGAAAAUAGAGUGACUGCGAUAAAGAAGACGAUUUGUGACUUACAUAUUAAUAAUGAUAAUAAUAACAUUGACUGUUUUUGAUUCUGAAUGUUUCAUUAUAGAUCGUCGCUUCGCAUUAUAUUGGUGCAUUACGAUUUUUUCUAAUUUAUGUGUAAUUUAUAAAUUAAAUAAUAUUUAAAUGUAA